AUGAUUGAUUAUAUAUUGUAUCAAGGAGAUCUUAGGUAUGCUGUGAGGGAUGUGAAGGUGAUCAGAGGAGCUGAGCUGGAUACUGAUCAUAGGCUUCUAGUGGCAGACACUGGCUUUGUAGAGAGAAAGGACGGCAGGCAGAAGGCAUACAUGAGAAUCAAGCACGAAGAAUUAAGAUCCAGGGAGAAUAGAGAAAGGUACCAGACAGAGCUCUCAGCCCGUAUAGAGAACUGGCAAACCCAGGAAGAAAGAUACACCGAUGUGGAUAAAUUCUGGAGUGACUUGAAAGAAGCCGUGACUGGAGCUGCCAAGGAGGUAUGUGGUGAGAGGAAAGUUGGAAAGUUUAAAAAGAGGACAAGGUGGUGGUCAGAAGAAGUGAAGAGAAAGGUUAAAGAGAAGAAAAAAGCAUAUAAGAAAUAUAUGAUCUCUAAGAGGCAGGAAGAUUUCAGAAAGUAUGUGGAGAAACGGAAUGAUGCUAAAAGAAGUGUAAAAUUGGCAAAGAUACAGGCAUGGGAAGAUUUUGGUAGAGAUCUACAUGACCAACAUGGACAGGAUAAUGGCCGAGCCUUCUGGGAAACAGUAAAACACCUGAGAGGGAAGUUUGGAAAGAAUGUUAGAACAAUAGUGAAUGAAGAUGGAAGAUUGGUGUCACAGAUGGAUGAAGUAUUGGAGAGAUGGAGAAGAUUCUAUGAAGUUAAAUUCCGGGAUAAUAAUGAGCAUAUGGAUGAAGAAAAUGAUCAGAAUGAAGAUAUGCCUAUGCUAGACGAAAUUGAGGGGAUUACAUCGGAUAUUACCAGAGAUGAGGUUGAAGAAAAUGAAGGUUGGUAA